AGCAUAGUAACUAGUGUUGGCAUGGCAGGCAUAGCACAGCCGUUAGGAAGUCUGUUACACUACAAGCCGACACGGGCUUUUAUGUGAAGAUGCUCUAGCACAUGGUACCAAUGAUGAGACAGGAUGAGCAGAUAUCACAGACGUAUUGAAAUGGACCUGGCUUUAGGGUCAUCAAAGCCUUAUGGGUCAUCCAGGAGCAUAGUCAGACGGAUCGCCACAAGUCUUCCUCUGGCACCUUGUCCUCGUGUCCACUUUCAGCUUCAUCCGUUUGAUGCUGGAGCGGCUCUUCUGAACAAUUCAAACGGACUGAAUGGGCCUGUGGCCACGUUUGCUGACGUCGGAUGGAUCGACAAAGAAGAAAGUGAUGUGGUUGGUGGAAAUAGGUUUGAGGCAAAUUCUGGGCUGUUUUUACGCACCCAGCAGCGCAGACGCUCAUUACCCAGCCUGCAUCAGGCCGAGCCAGCGCCGCAGAGUCAGACGGUUAUCAACGAUGAAGCCAUUCAGAAGAUCAGCGCUCUUGAGUCCGAGCUGGCCAAACUCCGACUACAAAUCGCACAGAUUGUUCAGGCACAGGAGCAGAGCACUCAGUGUGCAGCUCCAGGUGGUCCUCCCGUAACCCUGACUCCACCCAUGGCACCUAUCCCACCUCCGCCCCCACCACCACCUCCUCCGUGCCCCGCCCCUGGCAUGCAGAGAAGGUUUUCUGCCAUUGAUCUCAUUAAAGAGCGUCGUGGGAAGAAGGCGGGACUCGACACAAUACUGGACCACGAACCCAAAAAGCCAGAACUUCUUAAUAUGCUGGAUGUGCUGAAAGAUUUGGGUAAAGUGAAGCUACGCUCGGUUAAGAGUCGGUCAGAAGAUGGCGACACUAAACCCAAGCCUGCCGAACCCACAGAUGCGGCAACGCUGAUCGCUGAGGCCCUAAAACGCAAAUUCGCUCACCGCUACCGUAGCGACAGUGAGUGUGACGGCGGUUUUAACCUGCCAGCAUGCGAAAAUAGACCUUGUGUAGAAACAACACCACUGUUUGGUCAGCAUAUGUUGAAAUCGACUGGAAGUAAAAAGCUUUACUAGACCGGUUACAGAAGCAACUCAUCCUGUUAGUUGGUUAACCAAAUCACUUGUAAUAACGAUGCUUUCACUAUUCUACACUAUUCAGCGUUGUUGUGAAUCUUUGAUUUUGCACUUUGAAGAGAUUAUCUCUGUCAGUAUGUUUUGUACCACAGUCGUGCUAUUGCAUGUGCGUUUUAAAGGGAUAGUUCACCCAAUAACGAAAAUUCUGUCAUUUAUUCACCCUCAUGUUAUUUCAUACCUGUAUACAUUACUUUGUGCUGGAGAACACAGAGAAAGAUAUUUAGAAGAAUGUUACCAUUUUCAGUUCUGGGACAUCAUUGACUUCCAUAGGAGGAAAAAUUUAAUGGUAUUCAAAGGUGCUCCAUUUUUUUUCGUUUUUCUAAAUUCUUCGAAAUAUCUUAUUUUGUGUUCAACAGAACAAAAGAUAUACUUUUUUUUCCUAUGGUACUGGAUGAUGUACCAGAACUGAAAAUUGAUAACAUUCCAAAUCUCAAUCUCUGUUUUCAUUAGAACAAGGCAAUUUAUACAGGUGUGAAACAACCAGAGGGUGAUUAAAUGACAGAAAUGAAAGACAGUUUUGGUCGGACUAUCCCUUUAACAUUAAUGCCAGUUAUGUGAAAAUGUCAUUUUAUUUUGUUUUUAUGCAUGUAAGACUUUUUAUUUGUUUUUUAGUUGAAUCCGUUCAACAGGUCAACAGCACAAGUCCUCCGAUUUGAUGAGUUUCUCAUUUUAUGGGAUAUUAGACGCCAAAGCAAUGGGUUUUUCUAGCUACCGUUUUGCAUAAUACCGAAACCCCAUAAAUGUUAACUUCAAAGGUACAAUUACUUCUUACUACUUUCCUGAAACAAUGAAGCAUGUCUAAUUGUCAGUAGGCGCGGUUUCAUAGUAUUUUCUGAUCUGCUUUAUUUUUACUGCAUUUUAGAUUUAAUAUAUUUUUGAACAUUUGGUUCUUCAGCUGUUUAACAAAUCACUUGAAUAAUGUAUUUUGUUUUAUGUGAAACUGGAUUAACACAUUGCCAUUUCUUUAGUCACCUUUUCUUGACCGUGUCAGUACUAUGGUUUUUCUUUUGCACAUACUAAACUAAAUCAUUCUGUUGUGCACAAGAGCAACAAACACUAAAGGCACCUGAAAAGCCUGUGUAUUUGGAUAAAUAUAUAUAGAGAGAUAAUUCUGAUUUCAAGCAUUUGUAGAUUGUUAUAUGUAAACUUGAUGGUUAAAGCACGUAGGAACAAUACCUCAGAAUUAAAGGGAAUCUCUUGUGGUUUUGGUACUUCUUAAAUUAGGAUCAUUUAAGUUUUUUCACACUACGAACGACUGCAAUUGAUUUUAAUUUCCGAAAUAAAACUAGUUAAUCAGUCAA